AAAAAUUUCUUAUGUCAUUAGCAGGGCUCGUAAGUUCAUGCAUUUGCAUAUCAAUCUUGCUAAGUUGUAUUUAAUGCUAGAUGACAUAGAAAUCUAUUUCAAGGUACCACAGUUAAAUAUGUGAAAUCUUAUUUUGCAUGUUUUUGCAUAUUUAGAGGUUUUUUGCCUAUUUGGCAUAUUUAUGCAUACUUCUACUUUAUCGGGCAUAUUAUACAAUAUUCUAUUAGCAUCUAUCAAAAAUGCAAAUGAAAAAUAUGUAUAAAAUUAAAAAUAGAAAUUGUAUUAUCUUUUCUUUUCUUAUCUUCUUGAUACUCGUAAAUUUAACAAUAGUUUCUUGGAACGACUAGGUCUACGAGGACUAACGACAUCCGUCCAUAAACCGCGUUAUCGGGGCCUACGAAUACCUAUCGAUUCUACGAACCGUCCUUUUAUUCUAACUGGAGACUGUUUCAGUCGUUAUUUUGACGUGUGUGCGUGUAUGUUUGUUUCGUUAAAUCCAACAAUAAUAUUAAUAUCCAACAUGCCGAAAGAAAAACCGUCUUCGGCCUUCAAACUAAAGCAAUUAGUUACUGAUUUUGGUGAAAAUAUAUUCUCAACCGACAGUAAAAUAUUAUUUUGCAAGGUUUGUGAAAUAAAAAUAGCUAGUGAAAAACGCUUUAGUAUUGUGCAGCAUAUUAAUACUGAAAAACACAAAGCAUCACUUAUUCGAUUUCAAAAAAAUAAUGAGCGGAAAAAUUUGCAACAACUUAUGCCUACAACUUCAAAAAAGUCAGACUUUAAUCUAGAUUUAUGCGGAGCUAUGUUGCCAGCAAACAUUCCGUUAAACAAUCUGGCCAAUCCACAGUUUAAAAGUUUUCUCGCCAAGUAUACUGGACAAAAUAUUCCUGUCGAAUCUACAUUGCGGAUUGGAUAUAUUGAUGACUGCUACACCGAGAAAAUGAAUGAAAUCAAAAAACUUAUCAAUGGGAAAAAAAUAUGGAUUUCAAUGGACGAAACGACUGACAUCGAAGGAAGGUAUAUAGUCAACACAAUUAUUGAUAUUCUGUCACACGAUGUCCCCGGUGAAAUAUUUUUAAUUAAUGUCGAAGAACUUGAUAAAACAAACCACAGCACUAUUUGUAAAGCGUUUGACAGAUCAUUGUUCUUAAUUUGGCCUGAAGGGUUACAUUUUAAUGACGUUCUGUUGUUUUUAACAGACGCGGCGCCUUAUAUGAAGAAAGCAGCACGUCAUUUACAAGUAUUUUACACUAAAAUGGUGCAUGUAACGUGUCUUGCGCAUGCAUUACACCGAGUAGCAGAAGACAUUCGUUCACAUUUUCCUGUUGUUGAUGAUUUAGUGGCUAAUGUGAAAAAAAUUUUCCGCAAAUCCCCACAUCGCUUACAAAUAUUCAAAACACUUGAACCUGAUUUACUUCGGACUACCCGAAGACAUGACCCUUGAUGAUUUUUCGUAUUUUAAAUAUGCACCAAUCACCUCUACUGACGUUGAAAGGUCAUUUUCAAAAUACAAAAAUUUAGUCACAGAUAACCGUCGUUCAUUAAAGCUUGACAACAUUAGAAAAUCGAUGAUAGUACAAUGUAAUUUCUAAGUUUCAGAUUUAAAAUGAAUAACUGACAAAGACGAUGUAACACAGUUCAUGAAGCUCAGGAAUAGUAUUAAAUAGUAUUUAAAAUCUAU